ACAGGGUAGGAAAUUUGACCCCCGUCUCUCGGUAUAAAUGCUAGUGUUUCUCAAGUGAAGAAUCAUACAUCAGCUGUGCCUUCCACAGUCAGUUCAUACAACCUUAGUGUACACACUCGCUAAACUCACUCAAUAUGAAAUUCUUGGUUUGCGUCUGCGCCGUUUUGGCAGUUGCUGCAGCUGGCGAAUCCAAAAAGGACAAGAGAGGAAUCUACGGUGAAUCUCUGGGGUACGGAUAUGGAGGUUAUGGUCUUGGUGGUCUAGACCACGGUUUAGCCUACUCAGCACCCUUGAGUUUGGGACCAUCCCUCUCCUAUGGCUACUCAUCCCCAAUCAUCUCCAAGUCCUACGUGUCCGCCCCUAUCAUCACCAAGUCUGUGCUUCCAGCUCCCAUCGUCAAGACUGUGGUAGCUCCAGCACCCAUCCUUAAGACUGUGGUCGCCCCAUCUCCCAUCUACAAGACCUACGCUGCUGCCCCCUUGUACAAAUCCUACUCAGCCCCUAUCUACAGGUCGUACGCCGCCGCCCCAGUAAUCAAGUCCUACUCUGCCCCCAUCUCUAUCGGUCACGGAUACGGAUAUGGUCUUGGAGAUUUGUCCCUUGGACAUGGUCUGUCUUACAGCAGCGGUUUGGAAUUGGGUCACGGAUGGUAGAUGGUGUGAAUUCUUUGUGUUACUAGCCUUAAGUCGUCGCUGUAUAAAUUGUAAAAUAAAAUGAGAUUAUUUUCUUAAA